AUGUCAAUGUUGACUUUGCAAACUAACUCGUUUUUGCUAUUUGGAUCAACUAACAACAUCAAUAGCAACGCAUACAUCAAUAGCAACAACAACAACAACAACAGUAGCAGUAGAUCACCGGUAGUAGGUAGCAGCAGCAGCAGUGGAUCAAACUCGACAAUACUCAUCAAUAACGCUGCUUAUCCUACUACACCAGUAAAACUAACGAGUAGCGCCAGCAAUAUUACUGGUCAAUAUAUCGAUUAUUCCAAUAAAAUACUUCCAACAACAACAACAACGACAACAACAACAGCAACACCAACAACACCUACAUCAUUUGUACAACCAAAAACAACACAACCAAUUCUAUUACCAAAACCAGAUUCAAUCACCAGUGUACCACCCAGAGAACUACCAACAAGCUCAACAACAACAACAAAUUAUAUAGCAAAACCAGCACCUGCAAUUUCAACAAUACCAACAUCACCAACAUUACCAACAACAAAACCAAAAAUAAUUAUAAAGGAAUCAAAAACUCCUGCAAUAUCAACUCCAAUAAUAACACCUGCAAUAACACCAAUAUUACCGACAACAACAACAACAACAACAACAACAGCAUCAACAACAUCAACAGUAUCAUCGCCAUCAGUACCAACAACACCAGCAAGACCGACAACACCAACUAAACAAUCAAAAGCACCAGCAAAACAAACACCAACAAAGCAAAUAAAGUCAACACAAACAGUACCAACUUUAUCAAUAGUACCAACCCAAACAGUAUCAACACCAACAUCAACAACAACAGUAGUAUCACUACCAUCAUCACCAUCAUCACCAGAUAUUUCUGACGACGACGACAACGAAUCAACAGAUAAAAUGAAGAAGACAAAGAGAAGAGGAUGCGCUAGGUAUACAGAUGAGGAAGUGGAUAGAUUGAUCCAUUUGUCAGUUGAGUUUGACAGUAGACUUGAUUUGAUCAUGGAGGCUGAGCCGUUCAACGAAGGUAAAUUCAGCAAGCGUCAACUCUAUGAUAAGAUACGUGCAUUGGAUGGUAGGAUCAAGGAAUACAGAAAAAAUAUGCGACAACCUCCAAAGAAACGUGGUAGAAAUUCAGUCGAUCAAUCCAAUGGCAUCGAUUCUUCAAAGUUACUCGAAAACAUUUCUGUGAAACUCUCACCGGAAAACGACAAAGAAAAGGAUGCUGCAUUACAGAAAAUACUACUCAACAACCCGUUGGCUGGUGUCAUGGUGCCACAGAGAAAGAAGAGAAGAAGAAGAAGAGGUCAGCCAAAAUAUAUACCAUCAUCAUCCGAUGAUGACGAGGAGGAAGAAGAGGAAGAUGAAAAGGAAGUAGAGAAAGAGAAAGUGAAAGAAAAAGAAAAAGAGAAGGAGCGUGGAAAGGCUGGUGAUGAUGAUGACGAAGAUGCCACCGAAAAUUCAGUUCACUCUGAUUCGGAUUCAUCGUCAUCAUCGUCCGAUGAUGAACUGAGGCAGAAAUAUAAGCGACUAAACGAAAGAGCAAAGGCUAUUGAGCGUGCCAAACAAAUUAAAAAAACACCUCCCAAAGAACAACAACAACAAGCAGCCACUCCAAAUUCUUCUAGUAAAAAGCAAAAGACAUCAGCCAAUACUAAUAUCAACAAUAAUAAUAACACUUCAACACCAUCAAUGAAUACAAGAUCAAAGACAUUGCAACAACAUCAAGUUCAGCAACAACAACAGCAACAGCAAAUACAACACCAACAACCACAACAACAACCACCAAUGCUUCAUAAUUCACAAUCAUCAACUCCAGAUAGUCAUUCACAUAAUAAGCAGAAUCUUCAUGAUAUCUCACCAUCAUUAUCCAACAACAUUUUCAAUAGUUUGUUAAAAUCCAGAAAUUCUUCAAAUAAUCUCUCCUCUGUACCCACACCCUAUAUGAACACAAUCUCAACAUCACCAACUUCCUAUCAAUCGAACAACUCUGUUCCCAUACAUCAUUCAUUUAGUUCACCCAGCUCUACUCCGAACAACAACAAUAAUUCAUUUUUCCAUCAAUCAUCAGUUUUACGUCCAAAUUCAACCGCUCAAAGCCAACCUCCACCCACAACCAAUUCAUUCUACAGACUGGAAACACCGAAAAAUCUAUUAAUUUUCCUUCCCACUCACCCUGACGAGAGGGUCAAAGCAACAGUCGAUCAAGGAAACAUUACAGUGCACAUCACCAAUCUACAGGCAUUUAAUUGGUUCAAGAAAAAUAGAAACAUCGAAGUCAUCAAAGAAGAGGCUAGCCGUGUAGUAACUUUUGCUCAUCCUGGCAAACCAUAUGGUGUACCGAUUCGUGUCAAAGGUAUUGAAGAUGUCAGUGGAAUUGCAUUCGUAUUUGAAAAUACCUUUCAAGAAUUAACUGUAUCCUUAAAUGACAUUGAAUAA